GUUCAGCUGUCCAAAUUUUCGCCAUGGGACUGAAAUGGCCAAGUUGAUCCUGACUGCCGGUCACGACGAUCUAUAUAAUGCUUUGCCAGAGCGUGCGUCAGUCCAAAGAUCCGCCAGCCCCUCACAUCACCCUCCCCAUCAGAAUGAACCCAUACUACACCUCUGGACGCGCUGUUGAUGGCCACGACGGCCAGAACAUCACACCGAACAUUGACCCCCGGUAUGCGUACCAAGAUCCCUCUCUUCACUAUUCCACGCAACCUUCGCACACCGGACAAGUCUAUCAGGCUCAGACGCUGGCUUACAAUCAGCACCCUCAGUCUGCGCAGAGCGGAGCGUAUCAUACUAUGCAUAGAUCUCAGGGCAUCGGGGGAGAUGUUGUUGCACAGCAAGUCGCUCAUGGUACCACUUAUGGAGCUUCGGGGCAGACACUACGCGGAAUCCCGUUCUCCAGUGCUUACCCCGCAUCUCAGGGAAACUAUGGAAGCAACCCUCCACCAUCUCACUCAUUCGCCGGGCAGGCAUACUCGCAGGUAACACCUGCUCAGUCAUACUCCCCACCUCAGCCGUCAUCAUCUCAAGGAGCUCGCUACAUUCCGACUCCUGCGCAGACUAUGCAGUCAUAUCAGAGCCUCCCGCGUGGCUCUGCCAACAACAGCAUCGUCAUCCCGCCUCCGUCUUCACCGUCACCUGGCGUGGAACGGUACCCUUGCGACAUGUGUGACAGAACGUUCUCUCGGCCUCAUGACCGCAAGCGUCACUUCGAGUCGCAGCACAUGCAGACGUCCCAUGCGUGCAAGUACUGCAGAAAGGAAUUCAGCCGCGCGGACUCCCUAAAGCGGCACCUCGAUAACGGCUGCGAUAAAAUGCCGUCCCUGUAGGCGCUGAAAUGGGAGGGGAAUGGGUCUUGUGAGGUGCCAUCUACCUUAGCUGGGUACUUUACGUUGCUCGUUGCGUAUUAUAAUGUAUUCAAAGCGGCUGUCCACCGUCUGUAAUCUACAUCUUGCCUGAUACAGAGCAAUCGUGACUCGUCUACUCUACAGUUGAGGCGUUCCAGCGCCUUUGUGACGACUCUCUCGUCUGCCCGUGUGUCUGAAGUCCGUCGAUGCUCGAGCUAGUCUUCGCGAAUUCCACUGAGGGACAGUCACCACCUUUGC